AUGACUGCUACCUUCGUGAUCUCCAUUCUUUUUGGCCUUGCGUGUGGACAGGUGAUGUCUUUUUGUGUUCCAACUGAGUAUACGAUGUACGUUGAUAGGAGAGAGUGUGCUUAUUGCCUAACCAUCAACACCACCAUCUGUGCUGGAUAUUGUAUGACACGGGAUAUCAAUGGCAAGCUGUUUGUUCCCAAAUUUGCUCUCUCCCAGGAUGUAUGCACAUAUGGAGACUUCAUCUAUAGAACUGUGGAAAUACCGGGGUGUCCACACCAUGUUGCUCCUUAUUUCUCGUAUCCUGUUGCUGUGAGUUGUAAGUGUGGCAGGUGUAACACCGAUUAUAGUGAUUGCACACAUGAGACCAUCAAGACAAACUACUGCAUCAAGCCUCAGAAGUCCUACCUGAUGGGAUUGUCUGUCUGA